UUGUUCCUACUACUUUGAGCGCCAUCUUGUUUGUAACUCUUCUACGUAAGUGGUAGAGUUUCUACCGUGGGGGUAUCCGAUUACCCUUUUUUCCAGCGUUAGACUGGGAACUUCUCCCUGUAGUAAUCGGGCGCAUAUUGCAAUUUGCUUUAUCGCCUUUCUCUUAAAAAAAAUAAGCCACAGAAAUGAGCAUCGAAACGCUUCUGGAAGCGGCCAAGUUUUUGGAAUUGCAAGCCCAGCAACAACAGAAAGCACGUGAGGAUGAACUAAAGGAAAAGCAGCGCUUGGAGCAGUUGGCAGAGCGGAGGCACUCUGAUGUGAACUAUAACUCAACAAUCCACAUCAACAAUGUUUCUAAAGCAGAGGAGCUGCGCACUGAGUGCCGCGCGGUGCCCAUCCCACCCUCUCUGCCUCCCCCCUCCAUGCCCCUCACUGUCAUCCCCAUCCCGGUGGUCACCCCUAACCCUACAGGCUCACCCACUCUGCCUGUCGCCACACUCUGCCCUCCAGCUGCUCCACCACCUGCCGCCACUCUGCCACGCUCUCCACAACCCAAACCUGAGCACCCGACCUCUGUGCUAACCACCAACCACAAGCAGCUGAUACAGAACCACCAUCAUCACCCACAGCUCAUCGCCCAAACUAACAGUACUAAACUACAGCAGCAGACACACCAGCAGCUGGUUCAACGCUACCCUGGUUCCAUCGUCUCGCCCCCCCAGCAACAUGCCUUACUGCCUCAGUCGGGCCAUGUAGUCCAGCAGGCUCCUCUACAGAACGGCCCCGUCAGCCGAGGGAGUCCUCCUGAUGACGGCCGGCACCUAGACAAGAAGAGGCCUGGAGGGGCAGGCACAAGAGAAGUGCAUAACAAGCUUGAGAAAAACAGACGGGCACACUUGAAGGAGUGCUUUGAGACACUGAAAAAGAACAUCCCCAACAUAGACGAGAAGAAGACCUCCAAUCUGAGCGUGCUGAGAAGUGCGCUGAGAUACAUUCAGACGUUGAAGCGGAAAGAGAAGGAGUACGAGCACGACAUGGAGCGACUGGCCAGAGAGAAGAUAGCCACGCAGCAGCGAUUAGCAGAGCUGAAGAACGAUCUGAGCCAGUGGAUGGAUGUGAUUGAGAUUGACCGUGUCCUGCGACAGACAGUACAGCCAGAGGAGGACCAGGCCUCCACUUCCACUGCCUCAGAAGGUGAAGACAUUAUGGCUGAUGACCUGGAAGAUGAGACUGCACCGAGAGCGCAGACUGCCUUACCCACAGUGCCUCAAACCAUGAAACCUGAGCUGCACAAGACUGCAACACCCACUCACACACCCACCACUACCUCCUUCAUCACCCAACACAUCUCCAUCCAGCACAAAGUCCCUCUGCACCAGCCUCAGCUCCAGCCGCUGACAGUGACUCCUCCUCAGCCAGUGUCCAAGCCUGCUGCCCCACCUAUACUCACAACAUCCAGCCCUCACACCGCCCCCAGUCAGCCCUUGAUUCCCACCCAUACACAGAUGGUGACUGCUUCCAGCCUACAUCCCACCGUUAUUGCCCAUGCUUCAGUGUCUCAUCCUUCAGUCAUCCAAGCAGUCAACCACGUCAUCCAGGGAGGGGGUCCCAAACAUAUUGCCCACCUGGCUCCCUCCCCCACCACCAGCACUGUCCAGUUAGCUCCCGGCCACCAACCCAUCGGCCACAUCACCGUGCACCCGGUGGCUCACCUGAGCCAGCAUCUACCUACCCUCUAUUCCCAACCGGUGGCUGUCACACAGUCAGCUGUGGUUGGUCACAUCACCCACACCCUAAACCACACCCACCCUCACAUGAACGGCACUGCGACUAGCCAACCAGCUGCCACCAUAGUUGGCAAGCAGACAGCAGUGAGCACCCAAAUGGUGGCCCACCACCCACAGCUAGUGGGCCAGACAGUGCUCAACCCUGUGACAAUGGUGACCAUGCCCUCCUUCCCCAUCAGCACUCUGAAGCUGGCCUGAAGACUGCCAACAGGACUCCCAGGCUGCGCGACAGAGACGCCCCUCGAUAGGGGAGAAGCACAGGCCUCAGACCAGGCCAUCGAAAAAGCCCACAGUGAGGGCAGGAGAGCUGCUGGACACCUCGCUGAUCCACAGUGUCACUAUCCUUCAGAAGCAUUACAGCUGAUUUAAAGCUGGGAACAUUCCUACAACAAACCCUCUUUCAAUACUAGUCCACCACAGUGUCCUAAAGGCUUGAGCCUGAAUUUAAGAUAUGGUUGAUAGUCAUCAUGAUGUGCGUUUGUGGCAAUAAAUGUGGGGGCAGAUGUUAAGACACUCACUUGUUAUCUAUUGUUGUAGAUGAUGGAGAAAAAGUCAUUCUCACAUGAGCUUUACAGAAAGAGCUUCAAAUAGGGAUAUGUUCACUGCCAGUACAGUGUCCAUGUCAGAACCCUGUUACAGUGUUCAUGUAGGUACUGGCUGUUGGCUAGACUCCCAGCUAUCACUGUGACUGCUGUGGAUUAACCAAUAAUAUAUCAUGUACUCAAGAGGCUACAUUGGGUUUUGAGGGCUGUGACAGUGUAGGAUCAGAGUGCAGGACCCGCCAUAACCAGCACAUUGGGAAUGUGAUGUAGACAGCUCCUCCUCUCCAGCAGGCACAUGCUGCAGGGCUGGAGCAAAAUCACGGACUGAACUAAAGCUCCUGAUCAGAAGCUGUAGUCCUCAGUGUUAGUGCAUGCAGCUAUUGCUCCCCCUGCUGGCUGAUGGUGUUCUAACGUAAUGCUACUAUCCCUGUGACGAUAAAGAAAUCUGAUCGAUAUUCAAACAACAGCUACUUAAAGGAAUAUGCAGUUUUGUCAGUUUUUUUUUAAAUUUUUUUGACACAAAUUGUUACUUAUCUCUAGUAUUUGUCUUUUAAACAUGGGGACUUCACUGAGCACAAGUACAAGUUUUAGGAUAAAGUUAAGUUUUUGUAGCAUAUAUUUUAAAAUAUCUUGGCCAAAUAGAAUCAGUUCUACAUUCCCCCUAAAAGUAACGCCACAACGGAAAGAUAAAUACUAAACGUUUGAGAUAAAAACUUGGAUGCUACAAGGUGAGGGAGCUGAGUGUUUAGAGGUUUUGAAUGUGAAUACAUAAAAGGCCAUAACAUGUAGUAAAGUGUGUUUCUUUGCUGUCUGGCAGGGCAAAUGGUAGUACGAUAUGUGUUUGCAUGCUGUGAAUGCAUGCCAUGAUUGUGUUUAUUAGUGAUAAAACGAGGAGCCAUAGCGGUGCUGUCUGUUGUGCUUUGCAGACUUUGACAAGUUGCAGAUGGAAUGUAAGAUUUUUUUGGCUCAGAGUUUAAGCUCUGUCAUCCAUAAUUUUGGGUUGGGAUCGGUAUAAACAGCUGUCAUAAAUCCAAUCAAUGUGUGUUUUUUCACAACUAUCCUUUUCCAAAGCAAGCACUGUGAACAUUUCUAUUAUAGUCUCAAUGAGCAGCAGUUUAGCGUAGCACUUGCUAGAACAGCAACAUGCUGUACUCUCCUUAUUUAAUCUGAAUGUACUAUUUUCUGAAA